CGUUGAGUUGAGAAGAAUCGGGCCUCGAAGAUGGCCUAAUCGUGCUCCGAGGACGAAGAAAAGACGAGAAUAUGAGACCGUUGACGCUGGCUUUGCGGGCGAGGCGGCUUGGGCGAGGAGCGCCGUCGAGGUCGCAGUUCUCUACGUUCUCUCGUGGGAACGUCUCACGCAAUCGAUGUGCGGAAAGGGAACCAGCGCCCUUGAAGGUCGAAGUGCGAGGUCUCACGAACAUGGCAGCCUUUCGGCCAAGCUUCGUGGCAGCUCAGGCAGACGCAAAGGGGAAGGCGAAGGAAAAAGGGCAGGAUCUGGGGCUGAAUCUUGACGUUCCUCCAGAGCUGAGGGGUCAGGAGAGCAAGACGGUCAAAGACGUGCUGCUGGCGUCAAUGCCGCCAAAGGGAGCGCAGCGCUUCUUUGCAGCUAGAGACGGAGACGGAAACGUCUACUCGCUACAGGAGGGCAUCCCUGCCCAUGUCGAUGCUUUGACUUUUCUCACGUUCUUUUCAUUGGACGACGCGGGCAGGCAGGCCUUCUGGCUCACGGCGACGUACGUCUUUAAUGCUGCGCUCCAGGCUCAUCUUGGUGACGGUGUUCGGAUCGCAGCGCCGCCUUCUAUAGGAGCCUUGGGUGGAUCUGGGUUUGCAACGAGCUACUUCUUCGACGAAGGAGCGGGAUCGCCAUCUGUUUCCACGGGCUCUACGAGCAACGGCAAACCACUGCAGGCCUCGAUCGACUUGAUCAAUUCUUCACCAGCGUCGGUUCCCCCAAGACUCUCGCCCGAGCAGCUAUCUGCUGUCGAACACAAGUUCCAGGAAUUGAUCGACUCGGACGCCGUCGUGCGGCUCCAGCAGGUCUCAAUCAAGGAGGCUGAAUUCAUCUUUCUGACCAACCCCUUCAAACGAGAGGAGCUGGCGGCAAGAUAUGGCCAGGACGGACAAGAAGGACAGGUGACGCUUGUCUGUGUGGGCGAUGACUACUUCGACCUUGCCCCAGCUCAAGGGACAUGGGCCGUUCUUUCGUCUGCUGGACCGAUCAAGGCGUUCAAGAUCCAGGAUGUAUCCACUGCGACCUGGACGCCUCUCGAAGUAACGCACAAGUCCCUCGUUCCCUCGCGACAGUCUCUGUUGCACCUUCGUGGCCUCGCCUUUCCUGACUCGAAGUUCCUCAAGGCGCAUCUGGCCGCGAUGCGAGAGGCUCAGUCGCUCGAUCAUAGGGCCUUAGGCCUCCAGCAACGCCUCUUUAUAACGCACGACUCGUCGCCAGGCACGCCUUUUAUGCUGCCGCACGGCAUGCGAAUCGUGAGGAAAGUGGAGAGAGUCGUCAGGGACCUCUACGAUGUUUGGGGCUACGACGAGGUCGUGACGCCCCAACUGUUCAAGAGCGAUCUUUGGAAGAGGAGCGGGCACUGGGAAAACUAUCGCCAAGACAUGUUUGCCGUCGAGGGCUUCAAAGAGAGGGAGCAAGGCCUUGUUCCUGCAGACUCUCUUUUGCCCGCCGAGGAGGAGUCAAGGGAGGAGUCAAGGGCGUGCUGUGAUGCACAUUCGCACCAAGGAGAGCCAGAUCGGCCCGCUGCGGUGCUUACCGGUACCGACGAGGCCGGGGCCUCCUUUGGCCUCAAACCAAUGAACUGUCCUGGCCAUUGCCUCGUCUUCGCCAGCCAGGGCGAACACUCGUACCGAGACCUGCCUAUCAGAUACGCCGAGUUCAGCCCGUUGCAUCGCAACGAGUCGUCUGGCUCGCUGAGCGGGCUGACAAGAGUCCGUCGUUUCCAUCAGGAUGACGCCCACGUCUUUUGUCGACCAGAUCAGGUCGAGGGCGAGAUCUCGUCUAUGCUAAAGAUGCUCGCGGAUGCAUAUACGACCUUUGGGUUCGGUAGCGCGUUUGAGCUUGUGCUCAGCACGAGACCAGCCGCAUUUAUCGGCAGCGUCGAGGAGUGGAAGCGCGCCGAAGACGGCCUCGAGAGGGCUCUGGAUGCAUCGGGUCACACAUGGCAGCUCAACGAAGGCGACGGCGCCUUUUACGGGCCCAAAAUUGAUGUUCGACUCGUCGAUGCGCUCGGCAAGAAGCACCAGACGGCGACGAUCCAGCUCGACUUUCAGCUUCCGAGGCGAUUCGAGCUGAGUUACAGCGAUGACAAAGGGGCAAGGCAGACACCAGUCCUAAUUCAUCGCGCUAUUCUGGGAUCUGUGGAACGCUUCAUGGCCAUUCUGAUGGAGCAUACGAGGGGAAAUUGGCCAUUCUGGAUGAGCCCGAGGCAGGCCGUCGUCUUGCCUGUAUCGCCGCAGAAUGCAGAGGGACAGAUGCGGUAUGCCGAAGCGGUAAAGAAGAGGCUGGCGCUGGGGCGCAGCGAAGACAAUAACAGCAGCAGCAGGCCGGCCCACGUCUUUCAUGUCGAUGUGGACGCGAGCGAGGAGACGCUGGCAAAAAGAGUCAGGAGGGCCGAGUCGAGCAGGUACAACUUCAUCCUUGUCGUGGGUGACGACGAGGUCAGCAAUGGCACGGUGAACGUCCGUGCGAGGCCAAGCACCGCCACUGCAGCGUAUGUCAAUGCGGUUGCGGACCAGGGGCAGGCACCGACGAGACCGCAGCUCGAGCGUGAAAUGGGCCAGUGGAAGCUCGAGGACCUGCGAGAUCUCUUCAUCAAACUCGACUCCAACCACUGGUAAUCGCACCGCCGAUCAAUCUUGAUAUACCCCUUUUUUUUUGGACAUUAGACGAGAUGCUACUGAAGAGGGACAGGAAGCCUUGGAGGCUUCAUCGAGUAAAAAGACACGGAGGAGAGAAUGAGAACCGGAGAAACGCUGACGCGAGCGAACGAGAUAGGGAAGAGGGAAAACGAAGAGACGACGAGAGGCAGCUGUUGAUACAAGUGUGUGAAAAGACGACGAGGCGAGAAGUCGUUGACGGGUCGGGCGGUCUUCAGACGUCCAGCGGUGCAUUUACAAGAAGAGCCAGUCCGUGAG